UCACUUGGGAUCGGUCGUGAUGUGAAAGCAGAGACGAAAAUGAAGAAGGACAUGCCAGAAUGUGAAUUUUUUGGUGCAGAUCCAAUCGAAGAUCCCAAUCGAGAAAUGUUUGACAAGAUCGGGCAGUUUUAUAAUAUCGCUGUCAGUGGAAAAAACGGUACAGUGAACGCCACAGUACUCGAACAAGGUACUAUAUGUCUCAUCGACCAACUAAUGAUCGAUAUUGAAUGGGCAGAAUACGAAAUGUUGCCGUAUUUCCUUAGAAGCGGAGACCUGGAGAGCUCGGAUAUAGCAAUUUGCCAGUCACAAAACGCAACCGACAUCAACCGAUGCGUUGUAGCUCGAGGCAGUAAUACCAUGUUCAGGUUAUACCUACUCAACCACGAACAUCAUGAGUGUCGACGACGAUAUGUUAUGAGAGAACAGAGGACCUCACUGUCUUCGCCUAUGUAG